GCUGUCACCCUUUCUCUUUACAAGUUCUUCUCACCUGUGUGAACUACGUCACACGAAACGGGGGCCGUGUAUUCAUGACGUAAGCGGUAGUUCACGGUCAACAUGGUUGAUUGCGGGAACACUCGGUGUGCCCAAGAGAGACGCUUCUUCAGGAAAGAACUGCUGUCAUGGAGCAAAAAAAUUCCUCUCAUGAUCGCUCUGGAGCAGAUUGGUGCUGAAUAUGUUGAUAAAGAAAAUUCAGAGUCUCUAGCCAACCCUUAUACAUAUCUAGAGCCUGAAGAGCGCAAGGACUGGGAAGCAGAUUACAACUGCUUUUACUGCCAGGGAGAGCUAACAAAUGUUUUGGAUCUUAUAGAUGAUCUACUACAAGCUGUGCGGAGUGGAAAAGUAGAUGCUGAUAAUACAUAUGUUCGGUCUCUGCAGGAACUGCUUCCUUUCUACAUAAAAUUUUAUACACAAGGACUUGGACGUGACCUUCUAGCUGAGGUCACCUCCAGAUCCACCUGCUCCACCAGCAUGGGACCACCACCCACAGCAGCUUCUACUUUCUCCUCCAGUCAUCUUGAGAAUGAUGAUCAGGAACAUUUGACACCGAGUUCACAGAGAGUGCAUGUGGAGUUGAAGAUUCCACAUAUUUUACAAUCAGGGCGAGGACGUAAAAGUGAAAUGACUCAGGCUGGUGGAACAAAGAGAUACUACCCUGAGGAUGAUGGCCUGGAAGUGGCUGUAACUGAUGCCAGAAGAAUGAAGCUUGAUGAUCACAGGGCCUCGGCUUUAUAUGGAAUCUCACAGUCUGCACUUUGCAACAACAUUUUCAGCAACAUCUGUGACCCAGACCAUGACAGGAUGCUGGCUUUUGUAGAUCAGGAUGAUUCUAACUCAGGUGAUGAACCUGUUGCACCAGGGAUCAUUAAUAACAUGAAAAUGUCUGGUCUGAUCAAAGCUGGUACUUUCAGUUAUCUACCUCCUGUUCCUUUUCAUCAGGAUGCCAUGAAAGAAGAACUUGACUUUAACUUGUCCUCGACAGCCUUUGAUGAUUUUUCUGUGAAACUGGCACACAUUCGGCGCAUGCAUAAUCUGAGCAAGGACAGAGACAUUCAGAUCAAACCUGCACAUAUCAACGAACCUAAGUUGCCACUCCUCACAACGUUGAUUCGUAAACUUGUGGAACAACGAUUUCAAAUGGAAGUAGGUUGCAGGCAGACUAGUGAUAAGCUUUCUGCAAGUUCAGACUCCAGCCAGCAAAAGAACAACAUUUCAAAAUCAGAAGAGAGAAAAAGCACAGCCAUUUUGGUUGAUACCCUGCCACAUUUCAUUCCUUACCUUUCAUCUUUUUCACCUUCCUGCCUCUCAACUAAUGUUCCUUUUUCCACUGAUGACCUUCGUGUUCCGUCCUACAAACCAACGAACACUCGACAACCACAGCAAGCAAACCAAGAUGUUUCCAUCUCGGUAGAGGAGCCAUCAGUGAAACCGUUUGGCCAUGUGUAUGAAACUGGCUGCAUUGGAGAGGUCUUAAAGGACAUUAUAGCAAAAACAAUCUCGGAAAAGAUCAGUUGCCGGGAUUCACACAGCGUACCUUCCUUUCCUUCAGCUGCAGAGCUUUUCAGUCAAGCCUCUUCAGCGGCCUUUCCUUUGGAUAUGGGCAAAUCAGCUUUUCAGGUCUGUCAUGCAGAUGUGUAUCUGUCUCAACCCAGCCAUCCAGCAAAAAGAAUCAAGCGUGAGCCCCUAGAUGAUCAUGACCUUACACCUCAAACUACAAAGAGCAGUUGCAACAACAAAACAAGCACUAGUGCAGGACCAGACAGCAGUAGCAAAACAACCAGCAGCAUCCACAACCUUAGCAGCAGCAAAAGUUCAGGUGAAGGAGGAUCAAAAGAGAAGAAAGCACGACCCAAACGGGGGCAGUACCGCAAGUACAACAGCCAGUUGUUGAUCGAGGCAGUGAGGGCUGUACAGCGUGGGGAAAUGAGUGUCCAUCGUGCCGGCUCCUACUUUGGUGUCCCACACUCUACUCUUGAAUACAAGGUCAAGGAAAGGCAUCUGCUGCGGCAGAAAAAACCUCGGGAGCCAAGCACCUUGGCAAACACCAGCACCACCUCCACAACGACCACCUCCACCACUACAAGUGCUUUGGUGCCAACAGCCCCUUCUCGCUCGGCUUGUGCAGGUUCCCCCAUUUUAGCUGGCAGUUCAGCACCAGCCAAACCCUCCCUCACGACCUCUGGCUCCAGUUCCGACAGCUCAGCUUCUUCGUUCUCCUCACAGCAGCACCUAGGGAACAGCAAGGACUCCCCACUUACAUCCUCAUCUCCUGUCAGUGCCUUAGGUUUUGGCUUGCAUAAGCAGGCUGCCAGUGAGUUUCCCUGGUUCCAGCCAUACUUGGUCUCUGGGCCUGUCCCUUCCCCAUUUGAUCCUACCAUAAGCCUGUUUCCACAGGGUUUUACUCUCAACACUUCUGCUUCGGAAUUGCUGCGUAAACUGCAGCACAAAGUCCAGAGCAAGUCAGCAGUGUCUUCACCUUUCUCUUCAGAUUCUUCAUUUGCUUUCCCUCAUCCAAAUGGCAGCAGCUCACUACGGGAGGGAUUUUUGUUGUUUAAUUAGGAAGCCUGAUUACCCAAAGCUUCAUUCUUUAUAAAUUAUAUUGCUUGCUCUCUUUCUUAGGAUUCAUAAUUAUUUUUUUCCACUGAGCUAUAUCCACUUUUGAAAUAAAAAUUAUGGUUAUUCUGUUCUUAAAGUGAUUUCUCCUCAAUCCUCUUCUCAUUAAUUUUUCUUGUUAUACUACCCCUCUUCUGCUGUAAUAGUGCAUCAGUAAUUAAAUUGUCCUUAGUUGUGUAGUCAGUGCAUUAGCAAACAGCUUGCACUUGCAAUGCCAUUUGCUAUGCCCUGUUCACACCUUUUUGCCUGCUGGCCAGGAAUUUUGUAAGAUUCUUUUACUGCAGUUGAUAAAUGACAUAAAGAACAUUUUAUCUGCUUUUUUUUUUUUUUCUCGACACGAAAAGGGGGCUUAUGAUUCAUAGGGAUUCCAGAUAAGUGAAUCAUAAUUUGUUUUUCUGUGACAGAGCGUCAAAGUUUUUUUAUAGGACACUGUGCCAUUCACUGUAUAAAUGUAUAGCCAGAUGAUUUUCAGACUUUUCUAGACUAGAGAAAGUAGGUUUAAAUUAUGAAGAAAAGUGCUGUAAAAUGAUGUCUUGAAUAUUGAAACCAUUUUGUCUUCAAUAGCCAUAGAGUAGAGGUGGUCAUUUUUACUGUAGCUCUAGACAAGAAGGUUAGGAAAGGGGGGAAACAUUCUUUGUGCAGAACUAUAAUGGAAAGAUUGUCGUUUAUUGCUGGAUGUUAGAAAAUCCUGCUGAAGACUGUGUUAGAGUUAAUGUCUAAUAUCAAGACAGCCUUUAUGAAGAGCACCAGAUGCCUGACUCCUCCAGAGGCACUGUUUAGCACAGAAAUACUUAAUGCAGUUGACUUUUUCAGUGAAAAGAAAGUUGAAACUGCUGCUAUCUUUCUGAGGCAUGUUUGGGAACAGAGGGGAGAUGAUUGAGGACUGAAUGUCUCGGUGCAUUCACAUCCCCACUCAUAAUGACAUAAUGUUAAAGUGGUAGCAUCAGGCUGCCUUCUGAAUUUCGAUUCUGCUUCAAUCAGUUAGAUUUCUUCUUCCAUGACUGAAUGUUCAGAUUAAGAAAAUUACGGGUUUAUUUUUUUCUGUGUUUUGAUUUUUUCACCAUGUGGAGUUGCUUAGCUGGCUGGCAUGUUGUGACUUUUUUUUUAAUAUUUAUAAAUUGGGGUACAUGCUUACUAUUACUUGCUUCAGUUGCAGUGAGUUAAGCAGCUGAAAUUGGAACAAGUCAGUGAUAAAUGAGAUUGUAAACAUUUAUAUUUUCCCAUCAUUUGGAGACAUUGUAUGGAAGUUAUAUUUGUGCUGGUGAAGAAUUUGCUUCAUUUUUGUUAAAGAGAGUGCCUAGUCAUAUUUUACCGUUCUGGUCAGUCCUUUAAACAGCUUUUAAACCUCGCAUGAAACAGACAAUUAAACAACUGGCAUGUAUAUAUAUAGAACAGCUCCAGUUACUGAAUGUUGCACCUUUGAUUAUUCUUGCUUUGGAGAAGGUUGUGCGAACAUGCAAAGUUUAAGACUGCACAUUCUUGGAAUCUUAAAGGAUUGUUCUUUUGCCUCACCAACAGUUUUUUUAAAAACUCUAUUGGUAUUCUUACAGAUUUUCAGUGCAGUCUUAACAUCAGACAUUUCCUUGCAUCCUCACCAAUAGUUUCACUAUCCAGCUUUCUGCUGUUUUCUGUAGGGGAAAAAACCUAAGCCACUUUCACAUAUUCGCUUGUUGCAAACCUGGCUUCAACAGCACGCUUAGUGAUUAUCUUUAUACAACUCAAUGUGCUCUUGCCAUUCAUAUGUAGUAUCAUCAAUACUUUUAACAAGCUGCUAUCAUACCCAUUUCUUUACAAGUUUAUUGAAGCUUUUCUCACAGAGCUUAAUCAUGCUUGAUUUUUUUUUUUUUUUAACAACAACUUACGGGUUGAAUUUUGUACAAUGAAUUGGCUUUAGUCAGAUAUGUAAUGCUUUAUAUUUGUGAUCUUCAUCCCAAAUUCUUUUGAAUUGAUUGCUGUCAGAGUUAAUUCCAUCUUUUUUCCACUCUCUUGUAUUGAGAAUAUACUGUUGUUGUCAUCCAUUGCUCCAAGAUGGUGCAAAGGAAUUUCUCUUUUUGGGUAUAUUCACCAUGCACUGCUUAAUUACUUGCAAAACAUGCUUUUUCAUGUGUUGGUAUGUGUCACUGUAUGUUUGCUUAUUUUGGAUCAGCAUUUGAUGAAGUAAUCUUGUUCCAGCUACAUAUCUUUGGGGGAUAAACAACAUUAUAUGUACAGCUGGAUUAUAAUCAGUGACUGGCAGUUUAUGGUUUGGGAAACUGAGGGCUGCUGUCACGUUUGACUCAAUUUUAUUGCUUAGAAGACCACGACGGCCUUCUUUCUUGCCUUUCUGGUUGCCCUGCAUUUUAAAAAAAUGAAUGCAGCAAGUGUUAGUGCAUAUCACCCUUUGCAAUUUGUUUGCUAAGCAUUUAUGAAGCAAACGGAAGAACAACCUUGUUUGGGGUUUUUCAGUUUAGCAAUGCUGGACACAUUUUUGAUCUACUACAGGCUUUUUUUUUCAAAGUGCCUGCCAAAAUCAAUUGGUUGUAUGUGUGCUGUAUCGUCUCUUCAAUACGGGUUGUGGCUUGAACAGAGACAUCAUCAUACUGGGUCUUAACGAAAAAACAUUUCCACCAGGUAUACAACAUUAACAUGUUUGCUUUUAUUUUUUAAAUAAUUUAUUGUUACUGUUUCCUUAGAGCAUAUGAAAUCUCUGAUCACUUUAUAUGCUUUCGGCGCUGUGCAAGAGCCUGCAUAAAGGUUUUAACAUGGUAUAUCAUCUUCACAUUUUUAUGUCAGUUGUGUUUUUUCCCUCAAAGAGUCUCCACCCAAAGCACUUUACAUGAAUAUGUAGCUCUUGUCCAAAUAAGUUCCUGCACUUCAUUGUCAGUUUGGCAGAUUCUCUUGUAACAGACCCUUUAUCGACAACUACUGAUGUGACAUUUCUUCCCAUUCUUAUCUAAAUUUGUACGGGUCUAUUUAUCCUUGUGAAAUGCUGAUCCCAUACAGAAUAGUAUUGUUGAUAUUUCCCUGUAAUGGUUGAUAUUGUAUGCUAUUAAUUUUUUUGAGGACAGUUAUGCUAAAGCAUUAUGAUCAGGGUAAUGCUUUUGAAACUUUACAAACACAUCACUGACCACAACAAAGUUUUCAAGUAAUAGAUGUUUGCAUAGGAUUAUAUCGAACUAAUGUCAUGUACAGUAGAAUUAGUUUUAGAAUUUGGUGGGGGAGUUUUUAUAAGUAGAAGUACUCGAAGAAGAUUUUUGUUUUUAAGUAGUGUGCAUGUAAAAUGCCACAAGUAUAUGCUCUGGAUUAUAUGGUUAACUCUUUCAUGGUUUUAUUUAUUUGUUUUUAAUAUAUGUCCUUCAGAUUAGUGGAGAUCUUUGGAGUUUAAGCCUUUUUUUUUUUUUUUUUUUUUUUUUUUAAAAAGUAAAAUUACAACAGCUGAAUAUUUGUAUAAGUUCUCAGUUCCCAAAACAGUAAAAAGCAUUAAAAUAUAGACAAAACACCCAAAGCCUCAAGAAUAUUGGGAUCGAGUUGAUUGUGUAAAACAUAAAAUGUCAUAAAAUGUAAGUAAAAAAGCAACUAAUGUGGAUAAAGUAUUGAAAGUAUUGUGGGCAAAGUAUGUAAGGAACAUCAUGAACAUCUAAAUAUUAGUGGGGAACAAGAACAAUACAAAGUUAUUCACCUUCUGAUAUUCUCCUUGAGAUGAAUUUCAGAAACUGAAGAUAUUUGAAGCAACAAAGUUAGGCAGCAUACAUUACAAAGAAGAUAUAUGUGUGUAAGAAUAUCAGCUUACUUUCUGUCCAUUGUCAAAAGUUUUGGAUUCCAAAUUCCCUGGUUUGUUGAAAGUCUUAUACAUUGAUAGUGUAGUUGAGACCUUACAUCCAGCACCUGGAAGUUCUUCCUCAAUUGUCAUGUUGAUGUUUACAAAAACAUCUCUGCUUAUGCUUAUACAUUCCACAGUCAGUGUUCACUGUCGAAGGUCAGAGAUCUCAUUUUCUUCGAGCAUUUUUUUGUGUUUGUUUCCCCUGCCACCCCCAAAAAAGAGUUGCUAUUCAAACUGAUGUUUAUUUUACCAUAUUACGAUGUUACUGGACAUUAAUUGUCAUCAAAAGAUUUUUCACCUUUGUACUAUUUCUUUAGGUGUCAAUAUAAAAUCCAGUUUGAUGAACUAUGUAUUUUUUCAUUUUAAUCUUUCGUUGACUGUUAAUGCCAAUGUUAGAGAGUUUAUUUUGUGAGGCCCUUUUUGAGAAUUGUCUACUACUUUUCACAGUUUACAUGUCAUGUUUCUGAAUGUAUUGAGAUGAUAAAAGCUCCACUAUCACAGAAUCUCAGAGCACAUCCAGUGCCAUACUAACAAACAGCUGCAUCUUAGAAAAGUAAUGCUGCAAGAAGUACAGUACAAACUUUUGCAUUUUUUUCUGCUGUAUGUCCUUUGUUCUUUGUUUUGGUCUUAGUUUUUGUUAUUUUAUUUUAUAAUACUGACUUUACUGCCUCUAGUCAACCCAUGUCUUAUUGUUCGAUAACAAAACUUGUGCAGAUGACAAAAAGUUUUGUCAAGAUACAUGUAAAGUUAUGUAUGUUGCUGGUAUUUAUUAUUAUGGUAAGGACAUUGGAUACUCAUCAUGUGUCUUGCUAUUUUUACCAGUUUUGAGCAGUCAUAUAUAUUUGAAAAAUAACAUAACCUGACAAGGAAUAUCAGGAUUAUUUACAUUAUGUCCAUUAUUUAAACCAGGUGUAUUGUGAGUCUUCAGUGUAAACACAUUAGAAUGGUGAUAUUCCUAUUCGACUGCCCCAGGUGCAGUUUUGUCAGAUAAUCAGAUAAGGACAUGUUGAAGGCUAAGCAAGGUCAAGCAUGAAAUUAAGUUCCAAGGUACCGGCUACUUAUAACAUGGAACUGUCAGUAGUUUGUGACAAAAAUUUGCAGUUAUUUAUGUAGACAAGUACAUCGAAUUGAUUUAAUUGGUACUUCAGAUGUUACUGUUGGUCGCAGCCAGUCACGAGUUCUGACCAUAUGUGUCCAGUCAGAAAAUGUGGUCUUGAUCUAUUUCCAAAACCCAAGUGAGAGCAGGUUCCGAGGCUUAUAGCUCAUCUGUUGUUCACUCGGAUUUGGAGAAUUAUUAUCUUGUAACUGAAUAAGACACAUUGAUUUGAAAAUAAUUGUUGCACUCAGGUUAGCCUUUGACACAAAUUAGCUGCACUAAAAGACAACCAUGCACCAUCUUUACUACAUGGGCACAUGCCAGCUCACUGUAGGUACCUCCUGAUGCUUGUUUAUACAUAAACUGCACCAUGUGUGUCAGUGACUGCAUCACCACUCUUAUACCCUGUAGCUGUCCCAUCACUUUGCCUUUCUGCUCUAGCUGUAUGAAAGGAAACCUGUAGUGCAAGUCUUCCUAACAGGCUGUGUAUGUUACAAGUUCCCCAACAAGCAGCAAUGUUUUGCAUGUUUCAAUUUCUUUUUUAAUCAAGUUGUGUGUACCUGAGGAAAAUGCAAAGCCUUGUGAGCUGUGUGGAAUGAGGAUCCAUGAUUUAUUCAGUAACUACUCUGAACACAAACUUAAAAGUUCCACAGAAAGGCGAAGGCUGAAAAAAGACAUGAAAUUCACCAUAUUGUAACAAGUGCCUUUCUGCUUCUUCAGGCUUUUGGUGCAGUGUAACUCAGAAAAAUCAUAGCAUGGUUCGUGUGAGGCUACCUUAGAAUCCCAUGGCUUUUUUGGUUUUUUGUUUGUUUGUUUUUGACAUUCACAAAACCUUUUUCACUCCUAGUGAUUUGAAUUACGUUUCAAGUGCAAUAAGAAAAUUUUACUGAAUGGAUCUAUUCACCCUAUCCCCUUCAAUUUCCCUCCUCCAUUAAGAAGAAAACUAUGUUUUGGGGAAUGUACUUUGUUUUGAUACAAGUCUGGCAUAGGUGACAAGUAUAAUGGCUGUAUGACAUUUGUUAAGAUUCCUUAUUUAAGAAUCAGGAGGAUAGGAAAUACAGUAUCUUCAGAGUUGAAAAUUGUAUAAAAUGUGAUUGUUUACUGGAAAUCAGGAAACUAUGAGAUGUCACAGCCUUAGCUGGGUCAUAUCCAUCUGCAAUGCAUUUAAAGCAGAAACCAUGUUUAUUUUAUCUGUUCAGUGGUUUGAAUGUAAGAAAGGCCAUUGUUCAGUCAGUAAUCAUAGACAAGGGAAGGUCAAAGGGUACAAUAAGUUUAGCCUAGAGUGUUGAGGAAAUUAAAUUCAGCAUAGAAAAAACUGUGUAUUUUUGUCAUUCAGAUUAAUAGACUUUUUUAAAAUUUACUUUCCUUGCUGUGCUGUCAGCACUUCUGCACCUCUUAAGUCUGACUGGCAUUGAGCAUGCUGUUUGCAAUAUACAUGUUCUGUACCAUUUUAUUUUCAUUUCAAAUACAGUUAGAUUUAGAUGAAGGAUGCAAGCUGCACACCUUUUUUUAAUUUAGCUGCUCACAGCGAUCACAAAAAGUGCAUAUAAAAUUAAUUUGCCAAAACAGUGCACCAGGAAUAAGUAAGGUAACAAAAAAUCAAAAUACCUUGUGAUCUAGAGGUUCACUUUUCUCCCUUUCCACAUUUUUUAUGUAUUUCUUUGUGCUGAUAUAAAUGUAGCAUUGGAUUACUGAACAGAAUGGAAAGUGCUUUGAAGAUGGCUUUGAUACAUUGAGUUUUGUAGUAGUGAUUUCCACUAUUGGGCUAGUUAUUACCAUACAUCUGUGUGGACACUCAUUGAUCAUGCCUUCACAAAUGUAUUUUGUCAUAAAAGUAGAUUUUAUGGUGGUUUUUGUAUAAGAAAUUGUUAUAUUCAUUCUCAUAAAGACAGGGAGCAACAGAUUCACCAACUUUGUUUUGACUGAACAUAUUUUUCCUCUGCUUUAGUACCGCAGAAAAGAGAUUUAUAGUAUGAAAGGUGACCUUUUUGCUUAUGCCUUAAGGGGGCAAAGAAUGGUCCACCCAGGAAGGUGGAUGAGAAACUAAGGUAUACCCAAGAAAAAGUCUGUUAAGAACACACAAGCAAUCAUCCUUUCAUUCCUGAACAUGUUCUUUUGAUGCUGAGCAGUGACCUUAUGAGAAUGAAUAUAUACUAUUUUGAUUUUAUCAAAUGUAAAUUGUUUAAAUGAAGUUGAUGUAUUUUGUGAGUGAGUGGUUGACAGCACAUUGUACCAUAUCCGAACACCAUUGCUCAAGAAACUAUACGUCCCAUUGUUGUUCAAUUUCAAGUCUAUAUUUUUACUGCCCUUGUCAUUUGUUGUACAGGAUGCCCAUGUGUUUCAUGACUUUGUACAAUGUAUACGAGAGCAGCUGUACAAUCAACUGAAGUAUCCGUGGAGACACCUGGAAGUGCACUGGACAGUUUGCCUUGCUUUCUACUGAUGUCUAAAUGGAACAGCCUUUUUCUUCACAUUAUAUUUUCAUGCUUUGGCAGCAGUAGGCAUUAUAUUUCAUGCUUCUUUGAGAAUGAGAAAUUAAUAAUGAUUUCUGAAUUAAUGAAUAAUGAAUAAUAGGAAUGUUGCUAGUGCUAGAUCUCAGAAUAGUUGGGAUGUGGGAGAUUUUACUUAAAGAGCCAGGAAAACUUGUGACUGAAAAAAAAGAAAUGUGCUUAAGGCAUAAAGAUAUUUACAAAGUUACAUAUGUUUAAAUGCCUAUCAUCUUAUUCCUAUACAGUGGUAAUUACUGCAACUGUUUAAAGGUCACACUUCGUUCAACUUGAUGAAAGAGUUGAGGACUGUGAGACAGGUAUAUGUUGCUGUCUAGUGGUCAGGUUUCACUUCAGAUGGCUUUAAGCCUACCCAAAGUGGUGGGCCCUCAUUGACCAAGCAUGGACAAGGGUUACUUGAUAUCAGCGCCAUGGGGUAACACAACAGGUGUGCAAGGUUGGUGCUGGCUGCUUGAAUAAAAGGUUGCGCUUUUAUUAUACUGUUCACCAUUCCUUUCAUACCAGAAAGCUGGACUCUGAAGUGGAACCACACAUUUUUUAAGAGAUUUUACAACAGAAUUUAGCUAGUUUGGGCUUAAAAAUAUAUAUAUAUAUGUAAUUUUCAUACAGAAGUCUUCUGAUUUGAUGAUGCCUGUCGUAAGAUUAAAAUUAUCUCUUCAGUUGAGCAUCUAAGGCUUGCUCUUGCACAGGUUUCUAGACUGGUGGCUUAAACUAUAAGAUAACCCUGUGCCUUGCAGUUAACCAUGCUAGUUAUACUGACAGUAAUUAUUUUUUAUUAUAACACUGGCAUCUUGGCUAGUGUAAUUUAAAAAAAAGUCCUAUUGUUCAGAAGGCUACUGUCUGUGCACAGUACUUGUCUUUAUUGUCUUGUAAUGAACGGUUAUUUUUCACUGUGCACACCUUAACUGUAAUUGCACUAUUGAAUAUGUCAUCUACGAACACUGGUAUAGAUGUCACAGGUAGUAGUUGACUGUGCCGUAGUGUUCUCAACUAAUGUGUUAAGUGCCUUUAGCUUUUGGCAUCUGUAAUAUGACAAUGAGCAUGUACAGAGCACUGUAACCAAGGUGUAGAAGCAAGAUCACUAUUGCUGUUUAGGUUUCACUGGUCCUUGGCAGUACUUGUGUACAGCUAGGAACAAUUAGUGUAUGAUUGUGGCUAUUAGUCUUUUCAGUAAAUAUCUAGAUCCUUUUGUUACCUUCUGUUUGUGUAUAUGUGUAUGCUUGGCUGUACAGUGUCAGACGGAUUAUACUCACGGACUCACAUCCUUAAAAAGCAGUUGCGUUAGGGUGAGUUUAAAACGGGUAAAUUUUACUCAGUCGAUGUUAGCUAUACAUAUCUAUUGGAUGAAGUGCUUCUUUAACUAUUGUGCAAUGCAUCAUAAUGUUGGCGUAUUUUUCUAUUCAUCCUGUGUCUUGUAGACAUUGUGACUGGAAACGAGUUAAUAAUAGCAAAACAUUGAGUACAGAAUUUAUCAAACAUUUAAUUAGUAUCCAUUUCAAAAUUGAACUUGAGAUGUGCCAGGUUUUUAUUACUGGCACGUUUUUUAAGCAGGGUUUGGUCCCCCUCUGCUCUUUAUUUUUGUUGUGGGUGGAUUUAAGUUGACCUCAAUGCUUAUGGUACAUUUACUUUUAAGGCCAGUUAAAACUGGCGACAUAUUUUUAUAGACUAGCGUUUGAUAAAUUUAAUGUUCUCAUCUUAGGUAACAGUAAGUUGGUGUGAUUAUGUAUUUUACAAGGGUAGUUUUUUAAAGUGAUUUUUCUUUAACUCUAGGGAUUUAAAAAAAAAAUUUUUUUUUGAAAUCCAUGUUUUUUAGUUAUGAAAAUCAACAAAUUAGAUAGAUAAUAAAAAUAAUAAUUAUGUGUCUGUUUCCAAAGACACUCAGGUAGCUCUUAGGGAAAGAAGGGGGCUGGAUGUUGACAUUUAAAAGAACCAAGUUUUUAAUUCUAAAAGAAAAUGGCAAGAUUGAGACUGCUCAUUUUUUUAAAUAAGCUGUUAAUUGUUUGUGGGGUUUUAUUUUGUUUGGAAAUUGGCAUAAUAGGGUUCCUGACUUGCUUUAUCUUUUGGUUUGUCAAAGGAUUGUUAUAGAUCUGUUAUUGUGGUGACGAUGUUCAUAUCAUUCUAUUUGUGACUGUGCAAUCUUUACAGAACACUUUUGUUGGAACAGGUUUUCUGCAUUUUUAACAGAUCUUGGAAUAUCAAAUUUUUAUUCUGUAUCUGCCAUAGACAUUGACAAUUUUGCUCAACUCGCCACUGUCAUAUUUAAAACAGAGAUAUAAAUUAUAUAUUAAAAAUAUUUACCUUCUUCUGUCAUCUAAGAUUUUUAUUUCAACAAAUUAUUUUAAUAGUUUUGCUAAAAAAAAAAACCCUGUGGUGUUAUGGUAUUGUUUUGAAGUUGUGAAAAUGGAUUGUUUCCAUGUUAUCCUAUUUUGCAAUAGGUGCCUACAUCACAGUGUGCUUUUUCAAUUGUUUAGUCGGUGGCCUGUGCAAUGGACAAGUUUUUUAUUGUGAAAUAUUUUGACAGAAUAAAUAUUUGGUAUUGCU